AUGACUUUCUUCAAGUACCUCAUCAAUAUGUGGUUAAUCUAAGUUUGUUUAGGUUUUCGAUCCUUUGCAGCUCAAUUUAACAAAGCAAUAUUUUAGAAGUAAUGCCCUCCUUCGUUGUAAUACUUUCCAGGCAUCUACCCUCAUCUCUGUGCAGGUUAAUUUAUUUAUCCUAAGUUAGGUAUUGGAAAAGUAUGCGUCGGAACAACUGAAUUAAUUGUAAAGGUUUCUUCCAAUGGGCGUGAAACACUGUGUAAUCCUUAGGUCUAAAGUUAUGAAUUUGGGCCGAAUACUAAUUCACAUUUAUUUUUUGGAAAAUAUCCAUAUACUUUGAUUUAUUCAUAUGACCAAGAUGGAAACGUCGUUUUUUCAACUGAAUCUAUACCAUCAUUGUCUAAUCAUGGUUGCUUAAUUGGAUAAAAAUAUUAGGAUAUCUAUAAAUGCUAAUAUUGCAGUUGGUCAGGAUAUGGCGAAAAUUGUUCAUAAUCUUUUGCAGUUCCAAGUAUAAAUUUUAUUAAUUCUAAAGAAUGUGGUUCAAAUUGUAAAACAUGUGAUCCUACUAAUUCAUUUUGCGAUAGUUGCGAUGAUGGUCAGUCCCCAUCAAGUAACACUGACUAGAAAUGCACAUUAAGUUAGAUAUAUUAUCAUUAUCCAAAGAAUGUCAAGCAACUCAUAAAGUUUGUUAAAAAGUGGGAGGUGUAUAUUCAUUCAGUGAAUGUAAGGAUGGUUAUGAAUUAUAGAAUGGACAAUGUGUUGGUACCAUGUAUCUUUUUAUAGUUAGCUUGUCCAACUAAUUGUAAAACUUGUUUUGAAGGAGACUGCUAAAUUUGCACAUGGCCUUAUGUACUAAAAGAUUCUUAAUGCUUGGGUGACAAGAUGUGCAUGAAAUACGAUUAUAUUUAUGAUUCGAAUGGAAUAGCGAUAGACACUGACUGCCAAUAAUGCGACAUCGGAUUUUUUAAAAAAGGGACUCAUUGUGCUUGUUAUAAUAUAAUUAAUCAUAUUAGCUUGUCAGUACACAGCGGGAACAGAAAAUUGUUUUCUUUGCGAUAAAGAAAAUGAAUGUAGAAGUUGUUUUUCGACACAUUAUUUGACUCCAGAUAAAAAAUGUGCACUUAUUAUUGAAGAAUGCAACCCGAUUUGUCAAACAUGUUAUGUUACGCAACCUGAUUAUUGUACAACCUGCUUCACUUAAUAAAUGCGGAGUUCUAGAAUUGUCCCAGGACAAUGCGUGUGUGAUUAAACAUUAGGAUAUGCAGAGUUAGAUGGUGAAUGUAUUUUAUGUACAACUGGAUUUUGUUUGACAUGUACUUUAAUAUUUGGAGAAUGUACAUCAUGUGAUCCAUUACAAAAUAGAAAUCUUAUUGAUAGUAAAUGUCCAUGCAAGCAAGGAUAUUAUGAGACUGGAUAAGAUGAUAAAAUUUGUUAAUGUAAUUUUCUUUAAUUUCCAAAUUAGAAUGUUAUUUUUCUUGUUACAAUUGCUCAGGACCGUUUGAGAAUAAUUGUACAGAUUGCGGAGAUCCAAACAUUUAUCAUAAAGAAUUAGUCAACGGAAAAUGUAUCUGUGCUCCAAGAACAAAAGAUGUUGUUUAAAAUGAUGGUUCAACUUUAUGCAAAAGUAUUAAUAAAUGAAAUUAAGACUGUCAUCCAAGAUGCGAAAAAUGUUAAUCUCCAGAAGAUAAUUCAUCAAAUCAAUAUUGUUCGAUGUGCAUAGCUGAAUAGAAUAGAACAGUCUCUAGUGAUUUAAAAUGCGUUUGUAAGAAAGGAUAUGGAGAAGAUGGCAUUGUAGAUAUUUGUUUUAGUAUGCUUUCAUUUUAUAUUCAAGGAUGUGAUUAUACCUGUCUAAGUUGCAAUGGACUCUUGCCAACUAAUUGUACAGUAUGUUCUAGUGAAACAUAUAGACAUUUGACUGCAGACAACAAGUGCUUAUGCAAUUCAGGAUAUUACGACACAGGAAGAAACGAUAUACUUUGUUAACGUAAAAAAUAAAGAAUUACCUUUAGUGGCUUGUCAUAACUCAUGUCUAUCGUGCAAUUUCUAUGGAGAAGAUAAGUGCACAGGUUGUCCAUCUUCAAGAUAUCCUGAUGGGAUUGGAUCUACAUUUAAAUGUUUAUGCAAGGAUCCACAUUAUUAUAGCGAUGAUAAAUCAUUAGAAUGUUAAGUAUGUCAUUCUACUUGUAAAACGUGUAAUGGAAAGAGUGAAACAAAUUGUUUAAGCUGUGACUUAACCUACAGAUAGCUAAUCAUAUCAAAAUGUGAUUGUCCUUAUGGUUAUUAUGAUGUAGGUACAUUAUAAUGCUCAAGUAAUAUUGAUUGNCUAAAAGAUUCUUAAUGCUUGGGUGACAAGAUGUGCAUGAAAUACGAUUAUAUUUAUGAUUCGAAUGGAAUAGCGAUAGACACUGACUGCCAAUAAUGCGACAUCGGAUUUUUUAAAAAAGGGACUCAUUGUGCUUGUUAUAAUAUAAUUAAUCAUAUUAGCUUGUCAGUACACAGCGGGAACAGAAAAUUGUUUUCUUUGCGAUAAAGAAAAUGAAUGUAGAAGUUGUUUUUCGACACAUUAUUUGACUCCAGAUAAAAAAUGUGCACUUAUUAUUGAAGAAUGCAACCCGAUUUGUCAAACAUGUUAUGUUACGCAACCUGAUUAUUGUACAACCUGCUUCACUUAAUAAAUGCGGAGUUCUAGAAUUGUCCCAGGACAAUGCGUGUGUGAUUAAACAUUAGGAUAUGCAGAGUUAGAUGGUGAAUGUAUUUUAUGUACAACUGGAUUUUGUUUGACAUGUACUUUAAUAUUUGGAGAAUGUACAUCAUGUGAUCCAUUACAAAAUAGAAAUCUUAUUGAUAGUAAAUGUCCAUGCAAGCAAGGAUAUUAUGAGACUGGAUAAGAUGAUAAAAUUUGUUAAUGUAAUUUUCUUUAAUUUCCAAAUUAGAAUGUUAUUUUUCUUGUUACAAUUGCUCAGGACCGUUUGAGAAUAAUUGUACAGAUUGCGGAGAUCCAAACAUUUAUCAUAAAGAAUUAGUCAACGGAAAAUGUAUCUGUGCUCCAAGAACAAAAGAUGUUGUUUAAAAUGAUGGUUCAACUUUAUGCAAAAGUAUUAAUAAAUGAAAUUAAGACUGUCAUCCAAGAUGCGAAAAAUGUUAAUCUCCAGAAGAUAAUUCAUCAAAUCAAUAUUGUUCGAUGUGCAUAGCUGAAUAGAAUAGAACAGUCUCUAGUGAUUUAAAAUGCGUUUGUAAGAAAGGAUAUGGAGAAGAUGGCAUUGUAGAUAUUUGUUUUAGUAUGCUUUCAUUUUAUAUUCAAGGAUGUGAUUAUACCUGUCUAAGUUGCAAUGGACUCUUGCCAACUAAUUGUACAGUAUGUUCUAGUGAAACAUAUAGACAUUUGACUGCAGACAACAAGUGCUUAUGCAAUUCAGGAUAUUACGACACAGGAAGAAACGAUAUACUUUGUUAACGUAAAAAAUAAAGAAUUACCUUUAGUGGCUUGUCAUAACUCAUGUCUAUCGUGCAAUUUCUAUGGAGAAGAUAAGUGCACAGGUUGUCCAUCUUCAAGAUAUCCUGAUGGGAUUGGAUCUACAUUUAAAUGUUUAUGCAAGGAUCCACAUUAUUAUAGCGAUGAUAAAUCAUUAGAAUGUUAAGUAUGUCAUUCUACUUGUAAAACGUGUAAUGGAAAGAGUGAAACAAAUUGUUUAAGCUGUGACUUAACCUACAGAUAGCUAAUCAUAUCAAAAUGUGAUUGUCCUUAUGGUUAUUAUGAUGUAGGUACAUUAUAAUGCUCAAGUAAUAUUGAUUGUAAUUAUUAAGAAUGUUCCUAUACAUGUAUGACCUGCUAUGGUCCUAACAUUGAUAAUUGUAUAACCUGUUUCAACGAUAGUAAUAGAAUUGUUAAAGCAAAUAAAUGUGUUUGUAUGGAUGCUUACCUCGAAUAAAAUGUUGGAGAUACAAACUGUUAAAGUAAUACUUAUGUUUAAUUUUAGAAUGUUCAUAUCGAUGUGCUCUUUGCAGCGGAUCUAUAGAUUAUUGUGACAAAUGCCCAGAUUUUUCAAAUAGAGAUCUUGGAACCGACCAUUCAUGUAAAUGUCCUCCUAAAUCAUAUGAUUAACCUGGUAAUCCAAAAUGCAUUUGUAAUCAUAAUUACUGAUAUUGAAGUAUGUCAUUUUACAUGCCAAGCAUGUAAUGGGAGCAAAUCAAAUUAGUGUACUUCUUGCAAUGCCUCAAUUGGAAGAUACCUUACCACAGGAGGAGAAUGUUUAUGUACUUCAAAAUAUUUCGAUAACGGCUAAGCUGAAUGCUAAAGUAUAAUUAUAAUAAAGGUUAUAAUAGCUUGUAGUAAUGCUUGUCUUGAAUGUAAGACAUCUGCAGAUAAUUGUACCUCAUGCCCACCUGAAAAAUAUUUAAAUGGAAGUGUUUGCGCGUGCAAAACUAAACUUCAAGGCUUAUAAUUAUCUACUUAUUAACCUUUAAAUAAACUACAAUGCUUAAGUAUUAUUAGUAAAUUUAAUAAUAGAUUGUCAUUAUUCCUGUUUAAACUGCACAGGAAGUAAUUCUAAUUAAUGCUCAUCUUGUUAGGAUUCAGAAAAAAGAAUUAAGUCAGGUUAAUCUUGUAUUUGCAAGGACAAUUACUUUGAUAUAGGGAAACCUCUAUGCUCUUGUAUUAACAAACAUUUAUACUAGUAUGUAAUUAUAGAUGCUACACUUGUGUUACAGUAGAAACCUAAUGUUUAUCUUGUCCUCCUUUAAGUUUAAGAGUACUUAGUAAUUCUUUAUGUUAAUGUCCCCCAGGCUAUUAUGAUGAUGGGGUGAAUAUUAAUUGUCAAAGUAAUACAAUAUAUAUAAGGUUUAGAAUGUCAUUAUUCAUGUUUGACUUGCAUUUAAUUAGCAACAAAAUGCGUUGCAUGUUCCUCAAUAUCAAUAAGAUCAUUCAACAGUAGUCUAGACUCUUGUCUUUGCGAUGAUAAUUUUUAUGAUGCAGGAGUAGAAAUUUGUAAAGCAUGUCAUUAUUCUUGUUUAACUUGUGAUGGUUAAUUAUCAAGUUAAUGUAGAACAUGCACUGACUAAAACAUAACUUUCAGGGUUUAUAAUAAUAAUAGUGGAAGUUGCUAAUGUAAAAUUGGUUAUUAUGACGAUGGAUAUUCAUUAAUUUGUAAAAAAUGUUAAAUUUAAUGUGCCGCUUGCCAAAAUUAAGACUAUACUUGUACUUCAUGUCCAUCAACUAGACAUUUGAAUGGAAAUCAAUGCGCUUGUGAUAAAGGUUAUUAUGAGGCUGGACAAGAAUAAUGUGCAAAGUGUGAUUCUACUUGCGUAAAUUGUAUGUAUAAUUCAAUGACUUGUACUGAAUGUGAUUCAACAUUAUCCAAAAUUUUAGAUACCUAAACCCAUAAAUGUAUAUGUGAAACUGGUUCAACUGAAAUAAGUGGAAUAUGUUAAAAGUGCGAUAUUACUUGUAAAACGUGUGUAAGUUCACUUACAUUUUGCACAUCAUGUGAACUUAUGAAAAUAUUAAUAAACAAUAAAUGCUAAUGCAUAGAUGGAACAUAUGAGACUGGGACCAAUAAAUAAUGUAUGCUUUGUAAUCAGACUUGUUUGACAUGUGUCACUAAAGACACCUAUUGUCUCUCUUGUUCAGCAGAUAACUUUAGAAUCAUUAAAACUGGAAAUAUUUGUGUUUGCAAGGAUGGCUAUUUUGAAGAUCCUUUAUAUUAGUGUGUAAAAUGUGAUUUAUCUUGUCUUACUUGUCAAGGGAAUUCGAAAUUUUGCUUAACAUGCGAUUCUACACUUAAUUUAUAACUUACUAAUUAGAAUAAAUGCGUAUGUAUGCCUAGUUAUUAUUUUAAUACUUCGACAUUUAAAUGCGAAGGUAACAUUAAAUAAAUAUCAAUAGCUUGCAAUAAAACAUGUAAAGAGUGCUUAAGUGCAACUUAAUGCACAGAAUGUGAACCUAUCACUAGAUAUUUUGAUGUGGAUACAUAGAAAUGUCCUUGUAAAGAUGGAUUCUAUGAAACCAAUCAAAAAAUGUGUUAAUGUAAAAUUAUUUUAAAUAAAAGAAUGUGAUUUCUCUUGUAAAACAUGCGCAAAUUAAUCAACCAAAUGUCUAACAUGCCAAUCUAUAUAUUUUAGAAAUCUGAAAAAUAUUGAUUAAUGUCUUUGUCAAGAUGGUUACUUUGAUGUCGGAAUUGAAAUGUGUCAGAAAUGCAAUAGUUUAUGCAAAACCUGUUAGUCAAAUUCAACAAAAUGUUUAUCUUGUUAUGAAACUGAAUAACUUAGAAUAUUAACUGCCAAUUAAUGUAUAUGUAAACCUGGAUAUUUUGAUAAUGGAUCACUCAUUUGUGAAAGUAAUAGUGUUUUCAUAAUAUUAGAAUGUUCGAAUACUUGUUUAACAUGUUAAGGAAAGAAUAAUUACUGCACAAGUUGCGACAUCAAUUAGAAUAGGAUUGAUCAAUCUCCAAUUCACAAGUGUCCUUGUUUAUCCAAUUUCUUUUAAGAUUAGAAUGAAUUAUGUCAAAGUAAAUCCAUUAUUUAAUCAUUAGAAUGUCAUAUUAAAUGUUCUGGGUGUACUUAGAAAAUGGAUAAAUGUAUAAGUUGCAAACCAUCUAAUACAUCAAAUCGUUUAUCAAUCUCAUAAAAUUGUGAUUGUAAAGAUGGGUAUUAUGACGAUGGAGUAUAACUCUAAUGUUAAAAAUGUUAUUAUUAAUGUAAGACUUGCACCUAAAAGCCAUAAAAUUGUUUAAUUUGUUUGACUAAUUUGAGAGAAAACCCUCCUCUUUGUAAUUGCAAAGCUGGGUAUUUCGAAAAUGAUUAAUACACUUGUGAACGUAAAUAUAAAGUUAUUAAUUUCUUAGCAUGUGACAAUAAAUGUAAUACUUGUGAAGUAAAGUCAUCAAAUUGUACAAGUUGUAAAGGAAGCAGAUUUAAUAAGGCAUGUGAUUGUUAAGAUGGGUAUUUUGAGGCCGGGUAACCUAAUUGUCUUUGUAAUAAUAUUAAGAUUUACAUUGUUAGAAUGCGAUUUUAAAUGUCUCACAUGCUAAGGUAGCCAAUCUCAUUGUUUGACAUGUAGAGGAGAUCGUAUUAAUAGUCCAGAGUGUAACUGUAAAGAGGGAUUUUAUAACGAUAAUCAAAACAGUAACUGUAAAGUGUGUGACUAAAAUUGCAAAACUUGCAACUAAGUAGGAUGUUUAGGAUGCAACGGAAAUAGAAUAUUGUCAGAGGACAAAACUUGUAAUUGCCCUUUGAACACAAUUAGCCAUGUUGAUACUCCAUGGUGCUCAAGUAUAUUAACAUGUCAUUAUAUUAUAGGUUGCGAAGUUGCUGUUUUAGAUAUUAGAUUUUCUGAUGAUUUACUCUCAAUCAAAGUCUUAUUUGAUUUCCCUUUAAAUUUAAAUUAUUUUUAGGCUUAAUUUAAAGAAAAUAUUUGCUUUAAAUUUUUGGCUGCUGAAACAAUUAAGUAAUUAGGAAAUAACCCUCAAUGUGUAAUAGAUGAAAAAAAUAAUUAAUAAUUAAUUCUGAAAUUAGGUGAUAAUGCAGCCAUACUUCCAGAAGAUUUUAUACAAUUUAAGAAUAAUUCAUUCAGCCAUAAAAAUUGCCCAAAAAAGUUGAACACAUUUAUUUUUAAUCAAGUCAAAUAUCCUCUCAAUCUAUUAUAACCUGAAAUUUAAUAUGAUCUACCUUAAUAUUUACUUAAUCCAUGUGAUGAUAAUACUAUUUUGAUUAAAUCGAAGAGUUAGGAUGGCCUUCGAGCUUUUAAGAGCAUAACAUGGACUUAUUUAUUGGAAGGGCAAAACGGAAAUGGCAAUCUGGAAGAAUUUAUUUUAUAUCAAACUACUUUUUAAUAAUUAGACCUAAUGAUUCCAAUAUAAACUCUACCGAAGCUUUCAAAAAUAACAUUUUUUCUUUAAUUUUACAACUUUAUAGGCCAGAAGGGAAAGUAUCAAUUUUAAGUUCAAACUCAUAAUGGGAACUUUCCGACUGUGCUUUGGUUGGGACAGAAAAAAUAGUUUACUUUUGAAACAAUAAAUUUGUAAUUUAGUAUCUAGAAAAAGAAUUGUUCCAGCUAAACAGAUUUAUAAAUUGAUAGUUCUGUAGAUAACUCCAAAUACUCUGUUUAGUUAGUUGAAAUAUUAAGAAAUGACUCUAAUUCUAGGUCAUCAAAUGUAAAUCUUUCUUAAAUAAUUAAUGAAAACUAUUACAAUGUGACAAUAGAAAAGUACAAAUUAACUCCUUUAACUGCUUAUACAUUUUAAAUGCAAACAAAUGAAUCGAAAACUAAUUUUUCGAAUUCUCAAAAUAUAAUAUUAGAAAUACUUUAAGGAGGAAUUUUGUGUUAGUUUAAUGGCACUAAAGAGAUUCAAAAUUAUAGGAAAGACUUAAGAGUAUAUAUCUACUGUAUUGAUCUUGAUUAUUAAUAUGAUUGGAAUGAAGACCCAGAUAUUGCAAUCGAAGUUAGCUGUACAGAUUUAACGCUAGGUACUGUUUGCAUGGAUUUAAAUAAAAAAGUUGUCCAAAUUAACAAGACAGAUUCGACUUAAUACAUAAAGAAAAUGAAUGUUUAACCAUUUACUAUAUGGGUUUGGACAGUUAUAGCAUCAAAAUAAGAUAGAACAUAUAAAUUCUCUUAAAAUAUCGUUUUUUUAGAAGAUGAUUUUUCAAUCCUUGAUGUUGAUUACAGUAAGGGAUACAUAAUGAGACCAGUAAAUAAUUAUGAGACAUUGCAGUUUUAAUUCAAUAUCCCUUUCGAGAAUAGAUAUUAAUUGUUGUAAUAUUAGGUUGCUUUAAUUUAUGAUUAUGAAUUAAUAAAGAUAAUAGAACCUAUAUAUUUUCAAUAUUAAUUUAGAUUGUAUGAUCAUUAUCAGGAUUUUAACAAAGGAAAUUAAUUUUACUUAAAGUUUUUCGCUCAAUUUACAAACAACAUAAUACCUAGUUAAUAAUAAAUAAAAAUGAACUUGAAUCAACCGCCUAUUUGUUCCAUUUAUUUAAAAUCUUAAAGAGUCUAAGCUCUGCAAUUAUAAAAACUGGUGGCUAAUUGUUAAUUUUCUGAUGAUUACCCAUUUACAUACUAAUUGGGAUAUUUUUUGAAUGAGUAGGACUAUUCGGAGUUCUAGAAUUAAUUAUCUGACUAUUCUUUGAUUCUUAAUGGUUUUUAAAGAUUUAAUUAUUUCGAAACUUUGUUACCUUAUAGUAAAGGAGUUGCUCUGGUUUAAAUAAUGGAUUCAAGAGGAUCAAUUACAAACAUUGAAGAGCAUUUGGAUAUAUAAAAAAUUGAACUUAAUUGUACUGAAUUUAUGUAGAGCAAUUUCACUUAUAAAAAAUAAGUCAUCAUGUUAUUAGAGGUGAUAAUGAAUCAUUAUGAUUAAGAAGGUUGCGUUUAAUUUUAAGAAUAAUUAGUCAAAACAAUAAAGGCCAAAAUAGAUUCAGAUGAUUUAUUUGAAUAAUUAUUGGCACUUUAGACAAUCAAAGUAUACAAACGGUUUAAAGUUAAUUUGAGUAAUUAAAAUUCCUCAGCAAGAGCAUUAGCUGAAAUAAAUUAAGAGAGUUGCUACGACAAUUUGAGUUAAUUAUUUUUAAUUAACAACAAUAGAACUCAAAAGUAUUCCUCUACUGAUAUACCCAACUUUGUGCUAGAAUUUUAACAAUUAAAAAAUUCUGCUUAAAAAAUUCUAUCGAAAGGAACAAACUUAGAUGAUGAGAUCAAAUAGAAUGAUAUAUUUUUCAAUGAACAACUAUUUCAAUCAAAACAAUAGAUUUCAAAUUCAUUAGUAGCUAUUAUUCUAUUUGUUGAUGAUUUGUUUUUGAAAAUUUCUUAAGCAACAUUUAGUUAAAAGGAAGAUAAAGACUAAAUAGUUUAGUUAUCAAAAGAUUUAAUUGCACUUAUUGAAGAAAUGUUGGAGUUUACAAAUACUUAAGUUGCAGUCAAUGGCCAAGACUUUGUUUUAGAUGGUUAAAUUUUGAAGUAUCAAUCAGCAAAGGUCACAAAAGAAGUUUUUAAUCAAUAGGAAGGUUUAGACAAAGAUAUCAUGGAUGGUCUCAUUGUCUAUGUUCAAAAAGAAUAAAUGGAUAUUUAAUUUAAUUACUUAAAUGCUUCUGAAAAACAUUUAUAAGAUAUAAAAACAGUUCUGAAUUAGUCUUCAUUGGAAAUAGAUCAGAAUUUUUUUACAAUAACAAAAUUACGAAAUUAUCUUUACAAAAAUUAAUAUAGAGAUUACGAAAGAUUAAAUAUUAAUUAUUUGAUUGAUAUUACUUAAUACCCUUAUUGUGUUGACGCCUUACUUCCUGCUUAUAAUUUUCAAUGUUUUUAGUAUGACAAUAGUGAAACAUUAUAAUAAUGCUAGCUAUAAAUAACCGAAAUUAAUAAUAAAUCUGUUUAGGUUUCUUGCUAAUGUUCUUAGCUGGGAAUUAUUUUUAUGACUAGAUAUAAAAAUUCAUCCUCAGAUGAAUUAGAAAUAGUAAAAAUAUUGAACGGCAUUUCGGCAGAUGAUACUAAUUGUAAUAUAAAUAAUUAGCUGUUCCUAUUGUUUCAUGGUAUUUAUAUCGUAUUUACUCUUUUCAUUUAUUAUGAGUUAAAAAAAUUAGAAACCCCUCAAAAUAUUGAUGCUUAAAAUAUUGUUACUGAAAGAUCUCCUAAAUCCUCCGAUUAAUAAAAAAAAAAAUAUGAUCAGCUUAAGUGCUCUCCUGGAAAUUUGGAAAUUUUUAAAUUUUCUUUUAAAGUAAUAUUUUAUAAAUUAUACAUAGUUUAUUCAUGAAAUACUUUGUUUAUUUUACUUUGAAGAUCUAAUUAUCCCAAAAAGCUACAGAUUCUUAAAACUCUCUGUAUUUUUAACUACUUUAAUUCCGUUAUCAUAUUUUGAAACUUUUUUUAUCGAAAUAGUAACAUUCAUUCCGCUUUUUAUCAUUAACUACAUUUUACUACUUUUAUUAAGAACAAUUUUUAAGAUAUUUGAAUCUAUAUAUAGAUUUCAAGGAAUUUCUAGAACCAUUAUAAUUAGUGUAUUCUUUUUAAUUCAUCUUUUGUCAUAUGUGUUAUCUAUCUAUUUAUCUCUACUAAAGUAAGCAAAAUAAAUAUUUUAGGAGUCAAUGCCAUCAAAAUUUUAACUAAAACAUAUCAAUUGUUCUGGGUUGUUCUAUCCUACUGAGUUAUGCUAUAGUAGAUAUCCUGGUCAUUUAUUGCAGAAUAGCACUUUUCAGAAAUGUAGUAACACUAAUGAAAGAAGAUGAGUUCAACCCAUUAAAUAGAUUUUUUUACUUCUUUAUUUAGCAUAACAAAUUGUCAGAGAUAUUUUAAGAAUAUGCUGUUAUAUGA